UCCAGGUACAUUCAACGUGGUGUUGCUGUAAUAGCAGAAACAGUCCUGGUGAUGGCGCCAAAGUCCUAACUGGAGCAGCAUGUCAUGCCAUUCUGUGCGCACAUGCGUGUGAGGGCCUCUGGUUAUAUACUGUGUGACUCUGUAGGUGUCAUCGGAGAGCCCCUCCCCCGUCUCUCUCUGUGAUGCUGAUGCUGAAUUGCCCAUCACUGAAGGGCAGAGGGUGAUAUUCCUCCCAUAACGUCCACUCUAGUGAAGGAUGUCGAUGAUCUGGAUGCAGACAGAGAAGGCGGUGAUGCAAGAGCUACAGCGCAGAUUGAGCAAUGUCGCUCACAGCAUUGAUGAGAUCACGCAGAAGGAGUCUAGCCCUCUCUACGCUGCUGACAUCAUCACUGAGCUCAAGAGACAGUUUGCAUUCUUGUCUGGGGGAAGAGGACAGGAUGGAAGCCCUAUCAUUAUCUUUCCAGAGUUCCCUUCGUUUUGUGAAAUUGGAGACCAAGAGUUUCGUAAUGUUCUUACCUACCUGACAAGUAUUCCCAGUCUGAGUGCAGCGGGUGUGGGCUUCAUCGUAGUGAUUGACAGGCGUAGAGAUCGAUGGACAUGUUUAAAAGGGACAUUACUGCGUAUCUCAGGCUGGUUUCCUGGUAAUCUUCUGCUUGUUCUGGUGCUGAGACCCAGUGCUAUCCUGCAGCGAACUUUGUCUGAUGUGUUCUUCAGACUCCACAAAGAUGACUUUAAAGUACCGGUUAUCAUGCUAAGCUCACUGGCUGAUCUGCACUCUUAUAUUGAGCGGAGUCAACUGACACAAGAACUGGGUGGCUCUCAAUACUACUGUCACAAGACCUGGAUCUCUCAUCGCACAGAUCUUGAAAGCAUUGCUGCUUUAGUGAAGAGGAUGGCUGAGAGACUGCAAGUGUUCGGCAGGGAGCUGGCAGAAACAGAGCUCCCUAACAACCUCCUAACAGCCAGCAAUCUGCUCAAUGCACAAACCAGCAGAAAAGACCGUUUCAAAGAAGAGAUGGCAGGAGCUCUAAGCCAAGGACGCAAACUCUUGGAGAACAUCAGGGAACCGGUCCGCAGAGAUCCGGACAGCAGUCUAAACCCUGAUCAACUAGAGAACCUUGCUACAGUGCACAGGCUGUUAUCCCAGUUAAAUGAGAGCUCUACAGCAUUUGAUGAGUUCUGGAUUCAGCAUCAAAAUAAACUGGAUCUAUGUUUGAAACUCUGCCAGUUUGAGCACAACUUUCAACAGUUGCGAACAGACCUGAAGCAGACAACAGACACGCUGAAUGCUUUCUCAGACGUUGGAAUAAGCUCUGCCCAAACAGAACACCUCCUUCAAGAGCUGACCAAUCAAGAGAAGAAAGCCUGUGAAGUGCUGGACAGAGUAAGGUCUGUGGUUGCAGAGGGCCAGUAUUUGAUUGACAGCUCUCAGAAUGUUGACAACACUGUUGCAGUGAAAUGCAAUGAGCUACAGAGAGUGAGAGAGAAUCUCACCCAAGAGCUCAAAGACAAGAGGACCAUGCUGACACAGGCUAUGGAGCUACAUAGAAGAUUGGAAAUGGUGUGUAAAUGGUGUGAUGAUGGGAUUUACAUGCUAGCGUCACAGCCUCUUGACAAGUGCCAGUCACAGGAGGGGGCGGAGUCAGCACUGUCAGAGCUGGAGUGUUACCUGGAGACAGCCAAUGAGAAACAGCAGUGGGAGAUCAGCACAGUUUGGCUGGAAUAUGAGAACAUACUGAACAAUGAGCUCAGGGAGCAAGUAAAGCGUGCAUUUGAGAAGAAAGCCUCACUACAGGAGAUGUUUGAGAGGAGGAGGGUCAGUCUGAAGAAACUAGCAGCCAAACAAACACGACCUGUCCAACCUGUGGCCCCACGACCAGAGUCACUCUCAUCUCCUGCUCACAGGGAGCAUGAGAACAUCUGUAUUAGUGAGGACUCAGACAGCAGGGUGUCCUGUAAACAAGUAAACUCUGAUCAAGUUGACAGGAGCAGUCGCAAUCCUUCUGUAUCUGAGGAGGAGGAAACCCUGGAGUGUCAGAAGAAACUAGAGCACAAACUAGGACUGGACUCAUACUUACUGAAGCCUGUGCAGAGGAUCACUAAAUACCAACUCCUGCUGAAGGAGAUGAUUAAGUACAGUAAAGGCUGUGAAGGCUCAGUGGAGCUGCAGGCAGCUCUUUCCUCCAUACUGGGUAUCCUGAAGGCUGUAAAUGACUCAAUGCACCUCAUCGCCAUCACAGGAUAUGAGGGUAACCUUGGAGACCUGGGUCGCCUGCUGAUGCAGGGGUCGUUCAGCGUGUGGGCGGAGCAUAAGAGAGGUCACGUGAAGGUGAUGGAGCUUGCCAGGUUUAAGCCCAUGCAGAGACACCUGUUCCUGCAUGAGAAAGCUCUGCUCUUCUGCAAGAGACGAGAGGAGAGCGGAGAGGGAUACGAGAAAGCACCCUCAUAUAGCUUCAAACAGGAGCUCAGCAUGGCUGCUAUUGGAAUAACAGAGCAUGCUAAAGGGGACAGCAAGAAGUUUGAGAUCUGGUCCAGUUCAAGAGAUGAGGUCUACACAGUACAGGCCGUGUCUGAGGAGGUUAAGACCAUCUGGGUAACAGAAAUCCGGAAACUUCUAACAGGACAGCUGGAGGCCUGCAAAGAGGCAAGUCAACAGAGGGCCCCUGAGCAGUUCUCCUCAGAUACCAACUCAACUAACAGACUGGUGAGAAAUGAACGUAGUAACCUCAGGAGUGGAGGAGUGGACAAACCAAAGGCAGACGAGGAAAGAGGCAAAGAACUUGAGAACAUUCUAGAGCCCAGAAUGACAGGGAGAGCAAAAGGGUCUUCAUUCAGUUUUGAGACUAAACCAAAACGACAGGAUAUCCGGAGUGAUCCUACACCUCUAGAAACAGGGCCACACCCUAACAUGGGCGGAGUCAGGUGGUUCAGUACAUCAAGCCUGUUUCAGAAUCGUAGGAGAGGUUGGACUAAAGGAUCUCUCUCGUUGGAUGCCUCUGUGGAGCAUGAUGGAUACUUUAGUGCAGAGGAGCAGGUGACCUCUGACCCAGAUGAGGAGAGGGAAGAUAAAAUGUGUGCAGAUGAGCUGCAGUCUGUGAGGAUAGAGGAAGAGAUCCAGUGUUCUGAAGAGACUGAGGAUCCUGAGAAAUGAGAGAUAAGUGUGAAUGUGUGCGUAUUGCCAUAAGUGUACAGCAAAUACGCUAGGUUUCGUGCAUAACUCUUGAAAAUAGGGAAAUGAGUCAUACAGUAUAUAACCCAUUAACUUUGAAGAUCUGCAUACUCUUUAAAAUAAAGGUUUCUGGUAGAACCAAAGAGUUUUAAUGAAUAGCCUACAUGGAGAAAGCUGUCCAUUAGUAAUCACAAUGGCAGUGUGACAAAAUGCUUUUUUGUCAGAAUAUGCAGCUAAUUUUAAAUGGCUGUCAAUGGAGAAAAAUGCUUCUUAGAACCAAACAUCUACCAGCAGGGGUCAUACUAGCCACAAAAAGUUAGUGCCAAAAAGGGUUUUACAGGACCUUUUUAUUCUUUAAAUCUAUAAGAAACCAUCUUGACCAACUGACACUAACUGAACUUUUUGACUCUCCAAAGAGCUGUGAAAAAUGACUGUUGUUAAGAGAGUUCUUUCCAAAAAGCUUUAUUUUUAAGAGUGUCGUCUAAGAAUGCACCAAUAUAAUGUGUUUUACAGAGACACCUGAGCCAGCUCUUUACACACUGUCUCAUAGUAUGCUGUGAUACAUGUUUCAUAUCCCGUAAAACUUAGUAUUUGUUUCUGUCACAGUAAUGAUGUCCAUAUUGGGAUAUGGCAUGUCUAUUGUCAAUUCCCGUGAUCUCCAAUGUGAAAGCAUGUGACAUAUCAUUGUGUACUGUACAAUGCAGGAAACUAGGACCUAUGUGUAAAACAAGCAUAUCAUAUAUGCAGAUGUUGUUUCUCAAAGUGACUGUGAUCACCCUGUGCCAUUUGUAUGUAAAAUACAUUUACAAAUGAAUAUUGUUUUAUAUAUAUAUGCAUAUAAAAAUAAAACCA